AUGGCAAUGGACAACCCCAGCGAUGAUGAUAUAUCUCUGACCUCCACGGUUGAGAGUGACCAAGCUUCUGAGUACUAUGUCGACACUAUUCUGGCCGAGUGCGAAUUUGCCGAGGAUGAUAUGAGAUAUCUUGUCCGGUGGGAGGGCUACAAUGUUCUCAGAAGCACUUGGGAACCCAAGGAGAGCUUUAACAACGUCCGCGAGACACUGCUGGAAUGGGAGGACAAGAAACAGCGAAUUUCCGAGGGCAAGGAGCAACCGUUUGAUGUAACUGCUUGGGAGGCGACUUGUCGUCGAUCAGACCAGGAAAAGGAAGAAAGGAAACGCAGAAGAUCAGCUAAGAGACGGAAAAUAGCUGCAUCAGAGGAAAGGCGCAAUCCGACGCUGGUCAAAAACACUGCGACUGUCGGAAAAGCAGCUUCACAAAGAUCGCCAAAUGCUUCGACCCGUCGCCGGCCUCCUGGUCCGUCUAGAUCCCUGUACUCUGAACAAGGCCAUCCAGCAAGACAACUAGCGGGACUGUCAGUGUCCAGAGUGCCGCCAGUGGCGCGAUUUGGAACCAGCCAACCUGCCUCCAAAUCAGUGCGACCCAAAAAGGGCUUCAGCACUGACGAGGGGGAGCAAUUUGCUACUCCCUGGAGGAAGUUCAGGGUGAACACGUACUCGAAGAACAAGGAAUUGCAACCAAACGUUGAUCAAGUCGAUAUAAGGCCACCAUCUGACUGGGAUUCUAUGCCGAACGUGAAAGCAAUUCAGCCUGGCAGCUCUCGUCAGAUAACUGAUAUGAACCGUGGCGGCCCGACAGAAAAUGGACCACGGCCUUCUUUAGCCUCUUCAGGAUUAUCUCACACUCAGCCUCAAUCUCCACUUGCGUCACCUAGGCCAGACAGUGAUUUGUGGUAUGCUUCAAGCUCUCGGAAUGCCGAGCGCCUUCGCAGUGACAUCGCUGGCACAGGUGGGCCAGUAUCAUCAAAGCCUGAAUUGAAUUUGAAGAUUCCUCCAAGGGAGCCAUCUGGCUAUAGGCCAGCGGCAGGCAAGUUCGACCUAGAGUUUCGCGAUAGGAAACCUGCAGGUGGCUACAGGACGGCGUACAUUCCACAUACGAACUCUCAGCGCUGGUGGAACAAAGGCGAAGUAUAUGUUAAUCUAUAUAUUGGUCAAGACAAGCGGGAGUUUGCCGACGCCAGGUUAUGUGGUCUUCCUUACGUCGAGGCCGUAAAACCAAUUCUCAGAACAAAACAACCGUAUCCACCAGGAAAGAUCGAGGUGUGGUUUCGGGACCAGUAUACUUGGGAUCAAUACGAAAAAAUUCGUGCUGAGAUAUCAAACAAGCCGUUUGCAAACGGCUGGAUUGAGGGGUUCGAUGACACAGAGUCCCUUAUUCGGCCAGUCGCUGAACAGCUUUGGAAAGAAAAUAAAAUAGCAAUAGCUCAGAUCAACCCCAACCAGGUUCUGCUUGCCUAUCCACCUGGCUCUGUCCACUUCAGUUUUCCCGGUGAAACAGUCCCGCCUAGGGGUUAUCUGUUUCUCGCCCUCAGAAACAUCUUUGGGCCAAUUCACAAUCUGAGAUUAAAUGAGCGAAUCAGUUACCCUCCCCUGACUGAAGUGAAUAACGCUCUCAAAAACGGCCACGCUGAGCUAACAAUGGCGACUGUAUCAAGUGGUCAAAAAGCAUCACGCAACUUCAAUGUCGCGCAAGGAAGCAUAGGGCAACCAUCCACAGCUUCACCUAAAUUAACCACCCCGGAUACAUCUACCUAUGCUCAAUCUCCGACCCUGAACUCGCCGAUAGCCCAGUUUCCAAACAAUAUAUCAACCACGCGAGAAAUCCAUGCGUCUACCAAGCGUACGCAUCUUGACAUUCGCCCCACCAAGGCUCUACCACAAGGUCGCACCGGGUCUGAAUUCACUGAGACUAAGGCGGAACUAAGCAAGGAGGAACUUGACAAGCUUUUCCUCACGAGGUUUGGUAUUACUUUUGAAAAAUUAACAUUUUCAAAUGGCACCGACAAAAGGAAUCAAACAAAGGUGUUUUACAUUUGGUACCCUGAUGAUUCACAGGCUGUCAAAGAUGAAGAAAAACAAUUGACAAAUUUCCUGGGUAAGCACAAACAACUCUGGUUCACAAAUAGCACAAAUCGCCUUGAUAAGGGUUGGGAAAAAUUUAUGAACUUGGUUACUGGGAACACCAUGCAUGGUGUUGUUCUUUUUCAUCAGUCAAUUGUCCAAUAUAACAAACUUCCACAACUUGUGAGGGCCAUCCGCAGAACAACCAACUUCUGGAAGGUUUCGCUUGCAAAGCCUAUUCAAUACCUUGAUCCGCCACUGCAUGUUCAGCGGUUAUUUCCGCAUGGCGGCGUGUAUCUGUUGACUGAAGACUUUAUGGUCCACGAACAGGUUGCUGCCAUGAUUAUUCUGCAGUGGUUCCACGAGUACUCGCGGAAGAAGAACCCAGGAACUUAUAAAUUAAUGCUCCGCCCUGAUAUCAUGAAUUGGCUGCUGAAUAAUAUGGAGGUUGGUGAUGAUUCACAGAGAUGCCGAUGGUUUACGAUGUACCAUCUAGUUAAGCAGAUCGGAUUCAACCCCAACGACGAUAUUAUUCCUGGCCUAGAAGAAGACUUCAUAAUUUCUCCACCCACACUCCCAAAGUACGGUUUUCGAACGGCCGAUGACUCCCCGGACAUUCCCAAAAACUGCACCCAGGAACAACGGAAUACCGAUCAUUUAGGCGAGUUCUUCGCUGGCUACGCUCUACUGAACGCCCACCGCUUUCGCCGGUUCUACAUGAUUACAUCCCUAGAGCAUCUUGAAAGAUGGAAGAAAUGGCAUCAUAUCGAGAUCGGCGGCUAUCAAGAUUUUCUGCAGUUCCAAUCGGUUAAGCCAGAGCUUAUUCACGAGAGGCUCUUCAAGGGCACAUCAGCGGCUUUUGCCUCGGCAGAUGCCACACCCGUAUCUCCUGCUGCGCCGCGGCCUUCCAAACCGUCUGGCGGGUUGGUUCACGAACAAAGAUCUGUCUCGGUUGGAAACCAACUCCCGACCAGGUAUGGUCAGCCGUACCACUAA